AAAUCUGGAAGGUCCAUCCGUUACUGUACUUAUCCUUGUCUCACAUGCUCCGCCGGACCACCAGAACGCUCUUCUUGCUAGACUCUUCCGACCGCCCGGCGAGGGGGAGAUGUUCGGAUCUUAUGGUAACGAAGCGGUAAAAGAAAGCUAAAUCAAAACCAUCUUCCGUUCUCUCUCAAAUGUCAAAGCCAUCUCCUUUUUCUCUCUCUUCCUGCCGUCAUUCCAAGAAGCUCAACUAUGGCGAGGGGUUCGCAGUCGCAGGCAUCGUCGAACGCGGGGGGUGCGCGGCCGGUGACGGUGGGGCCGCGGGGGUCGGCGGCGGCGGCCGCGGGGAUGCGGAGGAGGAGGCUGGGGGCCGGCGGCGGCGGCGGGGGAGGGGCCUCCGCUGGCGGGUUCUCCGGCGGAGGGAGCAACAUGCUGAGGUUUUACACCGACGACGCCCCGGGGCUCAAGAUGACGCCCACGGUCGUGCUGGUGAUGAGUCUCUGCUUCAUCGGCUUCGUUACGGCCCUCCACGUCUUCGGCAAGCUCUACCGCUAUCGAUCCACGGCUACCGGCGGUUCUUGAUCCGCCCGCCGCCUGAUCUGUCUGUAAAAGAUCUAAGCUUUCUUGUUUUCGUUUCCUUCCUUUUUAGGUCAAGCUCAAGCUUUCCUUUUGGACGAUCCUUCAAGACUGAAAUUUUCUGUCCUAGAAUAGAUCGUUUCCAGUUCAUGGUUCGAUCUAGAUCUUUCUUUAUGCGAUAAAGAUUCUGUCUUUUUUUUGUGUCUAUCAUUUUGCUGAUCGGCUUACGUUCUUGGAUGGUGGAUUUGCUUGCAAUUUAUGGAUGAGAUGAUGAUUAAUAAAUGUCAAAGGCUGUAGAUAUACCUGAAUUCGGGCUUAUGUAUGUGUGGGAACGUUAUGAUGA